UCCAGUGUGUUCAUUCACUGAAAGCUAUCCACCCUCUGAUUACAUCAACAGCAGGAAAAACUAGUUUAAUUACACACUUCCUGAGAGGUUAGAACUCUGCUGUACAAGAAUUCUUUACUCAGAAUACAUCCAUUGAGAGGGAACAUUCAUUGACAGCUUAGACAGCCACAUCUCUACUCAGCAGCUUACACAAGAAUGGCAUACUACAAGGGUGAGGGAAGAGUUUACAAAGGCACUGUGAAGGAUGUGCCAGGUUUUGAUCCUGAGAAGGAUGCUGCAGCUCUGAGGAAGGCCAUGAAAGGAUUGGGAACAGAUGAAGACACCCUCACUGACAUACUGGUUGCAAGAAGUAAUGAACAGCGACAGAAAAUUGCCGGAUGUUACAAAAAUCUAUAUGGACGGGAUUUGUGUGAAGAUAUACAGUCAGAGGUGUCUGGAUCCUAUGAAACUCUGCUUACUGCUCUUCUGUGUCCGGCUGACAAAUAUGAUGCAAGAGAAAUAUGCAAAGCCCUUAAGGGUGCUGGCACUUCAGAAAAUGUGUUGAUUGAAAUUCUUGCAUCUCGCCCAAAACCAUGCAUCCAGCUUCUGAAAAAAGUUUACCAAGAAGAAAAUGGACGCGGUUUGGAAGAUGACAUUAAAUCGGAUACAUCAGGACACUUUGAGAGAGUACUGGUGUCUCUUCUACAGGCAAAAAGAGAUGACCCUUCUUUCGUAGAUCAAGCCGAGGCUAAAAAAGAUGCAAAGAUAAUUUUUGAUGCUGGAGAGAAGAUUUGUGGGACUGAUGAAGAAGCCAUCAUAGCUAUUUUGUGCACUGAGAGUCGACCUCAGUUACUGCAAGUAUUUCAGGAAUAUCAGAACUUAGCUGGCAAAAGCAUUGAGGACAGUCUGAAAAGAGAGACCUCGGGCACGCUGGAAGAUGUUCUGUUGGCUAUAGUGGCAUGUAUAAGGGAUCCACCUACGUAUUUUGCUGAGCAGUUGUACUGUGCAAUGAAGGGUGCAGGUACAGAUGAAAAUACAGUAAUUCGAGUUGUGGUCUCUAGAAGUGAAAUUGACUUGGAGGACAUUAAAGCAGCAGUGAAGAGGAAGUACGGGACAACACUUCAUACUAUGAUUCAAGGAGAUAUUGGUGGAUAUUUGGGAAAAGCUUUGCUGAAGUUAUGUGGAAGAAAUGACUGAAGAUUCCAAUAAUCUACAAGCAAAUUAACAAGUCAUAAAUGCAAUUCUCAACUACAGAAUAUUUGCAUUAUUAUAGUUAGCAACAGUAAAAACAAAUAUAACAAGUGCUAGUAUUGAAGUGUUAAGUUCUCUGUAUGCUGUAUAUUACUAGGAAAUCUGGAAGCAAUUACUUCUGUUCACUGAUUUCAAACCAACAUAAUUACAUCAGUGUGCUCUAAUUGGUUUCAAAAUCCCCCAUGCAGUAAAAUAUUUAAUAAAGGUUCAACAUUCA